AUGGGCAUCAGUUUUGGUUUGGGAACCAACCUCACUCUUGAGCAGGCCGAGCCUGUGUUACUGAGGGCCAUUGAGCUUGGCUGUACCUUCUGGGACACAGCUGCGGUGUACAGGGCUGGAGUCAAUGAAUCACUGCUAGGCGAGUGCAUCCGGAAACAUAAUGUCAGGAACAAGAUCUUUCUCGCGUCCAAAUGUGGGUUCGCUUGCUUCGAAGAUGGUGCAGUCACAAACUCUGCCGCUCACAUCAAGAAAUACAUCGAAGGAACCAUCGAGAGGCUGGGCUUCACACCCGACCUCUAUUACUUGCACAGAAUCGAUCCCAAGACCGACUUGGCAGAGUCAAUCCCAGCCUUGGACGAGAUCCGGAAAGCAGGGAAGACCAAGUACAUCGGAUUGUCCGAGUGCUCGGCCAAGACGCUUCGAAAGGCCAACUCGAUCGCCAAAAUAGAUGCUGUCCAGGCCGAAUACUCCGCAUUCGAGACACUACACGAGACGGAUCACUUGAUCAACGCUGCCCGUGAGCUGGGUGUUGCAUACGUCGCAUACAGUCCAUUAGGACACGGCUGGCUGGUGGAAGCCUUCGAUUAUGCGUCCCCGGAAGACUUCGCACCUGAUGAUUUCCGUCGCGGUGCCCCCAAAUUCCAAGGCGAGAAUUUCUACAAAAACAAAGCCAUCGUGGGGGAGAUCAAGAAGCUGGCCCAGCGGAAAGGGUGCACGCUCCCGCAAGUCGCGCUCGCAUGGGUGGCUGCGCAGGGCAUGAUUGCGAUUCCGGGUACUACGAAGCCGCAGCGUCUGGAGGAGAAUUGGGCUUCGAGGGAUGUUAAGCUCAAUGAUGAGGAGCUGAGGGAGAUGCAGACGAUUGUGGAGAAGGCGAAGCCGGAGGGGGAUAGGUAUGGCGAGAAGGCGCAGGCUAUGGUUGGGCAUUGA